AAAAAAAAUGCUAUACCGUGUCAGUUUCAGGGUUCUCAGUUGGGAAGAAGCAGCUGAUAUGGGUCAAGGUGAAGGUCCUCACCUACUCCCCCCCUCAUUCCUGAACAGAAAGGGUUCAGGGUGGAAGAGGAGGCGCUAACUCCCCUGGCACCAGCACUGUGGCCUGCCCCACCCUCACUCCCUGUCACUGAAUGUCAGAGCCAGGCUGGAGAGACAGGCACAGAGCCAGACAGCCUGGGAACCUGUCAGACCAGUUCCCUUGGGCCAUAGCUAAGGUGUCAAGCUAGGGCUGCUUGUGGUGGGACAGGGGAAGGGUGCAUGGGGCUGGGGUGAUGCCUUCAGGUGUCAGUUACUGUUUGCAGCAAGAGAGAAGUGUAGCAUGGUGGUUACGUGGUUAUGAGCUUGGACUCUGCAGCCAGGUUGCCUGGGACCAAAGCCCAGCUUUACCACUUAGCAGCUGCGUAACUCUGAACCUGUCACUUAACCUCUCUGUGGCUUCGUUUUCACAUCUAUAAAAUGGAGAUGAUGACAUUAGUACCUAUCUCACAGGGCUGUUGUGAGAAUUAUUUGGUGUGAUAAAGGCAAACCUCUUUCAAUAAUGUCUGGCACAUAAGUACUGUAUAACUAUUAGCUACUACUAUUAUUUGGAUAGGUUGAAUGAAAGUGUGUUCUCGGAGUUACAAAAUAGGGCCACUUCCCCAAGAACAGUUACACAAAGAGAAUCAUCUCAGACUUCCCUGAACUAGGAGAACCCACCAGAGGUCACUCUGAUCUUGCCCCUGCCCCUGGACAUCAGACAAGAUCUCACCUCCCCCUCUUAUUUUCCAAAAAUGUUCUUCCAUCCCAUUCCAGUGUCACCUUUGCAAUAGCUGUUAGGUCUUAUCUUAGUCUGUAUCUAACUGCAAGCCCGCCUACUGUAACCCGCUUUCAUUUUCUCUUGUCCUGCUCUAGGUAGGAACAGAAAGAGCUGUCUUCAGACUUCUUCUCUGGGAGGUUGGUGGGUUUUCCUCUCGGCUUUCGAAGAGGGAGGUCUGGCCUCAAUAACUGGCAGUGCUGUCUUCCUGGGACUCGGGCUCCACCCCUUCACCAUGGGCGUGCAUGCUCACAGCUGACACUCAUUCCCUCAUGGAAGCCUUCCCUGGGCUAAAGGCAUCAUCAAGAGGUCAUCUGCUGUGUCCACACAUUAAGAAACGCUGGUGGAGUUUUAAAUGCCUCUCCGGGGAAGGAAGAAAGCCUGAGAAUGAAUCUGAUCUCAGACCCAAAUCCAUUCAACCAAGUUCUGGUAAUUUGGAAGAAGGAAGAGCAACCUGGAAACUGGCAGGAAAGGAUGACAAGUUGGGAGCCACAGGGGUGCUGGCACUGUGGGUCCUGGUGACACACGUGAUGUACAUGCAAGAUUAUUGGAGGACCUGGCUCAAGGGGCUGCGCGGCUUUUUCUUCGUGGGCAUCCUCUUCUCGGCCGUCUCCAUCGCUGCCUUCUGCACCUUCCUCGUGCUGGCCAUCACCCGGCAUCAGAGCCUCACAGACCCCACCAGCUACUACCUCUCCAGCGUCUGGAGCUUCAUUUCCUUCAAGUGGGCCUUCCUGCUCAGCCUCUAUGCCCACCGCUACCGGGCUGACUUUGCUGACAUCAGCAUCCUCAGCGAUUUCUGACCCAGGGGGUGAGGUCUCUGCACCCUGGGUGGGCCUUAGGACCUGGACUCAGCCUCUGAGACGUUGGGAGAGGCUACUUCCACCCCCUGGGGACGCCAGAACUGUGGCAGAAAAUACACAGCAGGACGAGUCUGGUCUCCCAGGAAGCUGUCCUGCCCAUCCCCUUUCGAGGAAACCCGAGUGUGGUAGAGAGGGAAUCCUGCCAUGUUGCUCAUCCGCCUGGCCAGAGGGCGGCUUUAGACCUUUUCAAAUGGAUGUUUUCUUUUCUUUCUUUCCUUUUUUUUUUUGAGAUGGAGUCUUACUCUGUCACCCAGGCUGGAGUGCAGUGGUACGAUCUCGGCUCACUGCAACCUCCACCUCCCGGGUUCAAGCAAUUCUCCUGCCUCGGCCUCUCAAGUAGCUGGGACUACAGGCAUCUGCCACCAUGCCCGGCAAAUUUUUGUGUUUUUAGUAGAGACAAGGUUUUGCCAUGUUGGCCAGGCUGGUCUCAAACUCCGGACCUCAGGUGAUUCACCCGCCUCAGCCUUCCAAAGUGCUGGGAUUAUAGGCAUGAGCCACUGUGCCCGGCCUGGAUCUAUUUUCUUAGCAAGCAGUGAGGAAUCUUUGUACAUAAGGCCAGGGCAACAAAGUCAAGAGGUCAAGGGGUAGGGCCGUGAGGCCUGGACCGAUGCUGCAGGCACGGGUUUCCAUCCCUGCUGCCCUAGGCACUCUCUUCCCAAGGCCAGGGUGGGCACCUGGGGAGGUCAGUUCAGGAAUAUCUAGCAGAGACCUCUUAAGCCCCCAUCCCAGCACCCCAUCCUGUCGUUCCCAGAGCUGGUCUCCCAUGAGUGUGCUAGAGCCAGAUAGCCGUGGCCCCCCACCCAUCUCACUCACACACACAGGCAUCCAUACACCCCAGAAGACUUCCCAAAUGAGGCCAGACUCAGGGUCACGGGGAAUGUGCUUCUGCCCCUGUAAGGGCUUUGGGGAAGGGGGCAACAUGGUAGAGGCUAGAAGGAGCCCCCAAACCUGUGCCCAUGCCCCUCCAGCCCUGCAUUUCCACUCUGCCUUUUCAGAGUGCCCUUACUGCACCCAGAUCACCGGCCAGGAGAGACCUUCUCUCCCACUCCAGCCCCUCUCACUGCCCUUCAACUAGAGCUUUCCCCUUUUUACAUUUCCCUUCUGAAGGACACAAAUCUGCUUUUCUGCCCAUACACUGGCCCGAGGGCCCACCUAACUCGGGAGGGAAGGGGCUGUUGUUACAAGGAUGAUUUUCUGUUAGACUGCCAUUUUGCACGGUCUCCCCCUUCCCACCUGAUGUGUCCUGCCCCUCAGCUCUUUGCCUUAUCUGUGUCACUGUCACUUUAGCAAAAAUACAGCGGCCAUUUGUAUCA